UUGAAGAAGAAACACCAAAAAAGCUGAGUGAACAACUAAUUAUUGGGGAAAUGGAAGAAUCAUCGUCAGCUGCAGCAGUAGAUCAGAGAGAUGAAUCGAAAGAAGAGGAAGUUACGAUCAGAAAACAGGACACGGAUCAACUGUCCACGUGUUCCGAAGCUGAACGGGAAACAUUUGGACUCGACGGCAGCGCGUCGAAGGCGACGUUGAACAAAAGCGACAUCUUGAAAGCUGUAGAAGUGGUUGAGCGAGACUCUCGGGCUAUAGCCGAUAGCUUCUCUUCCCUCUUUGAUUCGCUUCGCUUGGCUCUCUCUGAGGUCACUAGCGGCUCGGUUGAUCAUAUGCAUUGCUUCGGCGAUGCUGUUGGGCGUCUUCAAGAAUCCGCACUUGAUGCGGCAACAAAGGGAAACCGGUAUAUAAAUUCGUGUCUCAGAUUGAAUGAGGAAAUGAAGGGCAUGGACAGUCUAGCUACUCAGCUAAAGUUUUGAAGAGGAAUGUAGAUGCCCUAGAUGUGGCAGUCAACAAGCUCGUGCGACUUCCAUGAGGAGCUCAAAUUUGGGAAAAAAAUAAUAACCACUGGCUUUUGUUGUCUCCUGUACGUUUGUGUAAUGCAAAAAUAAAAUUUUAGGAUUUUCACA